GCCUCGUCAAGCCUCUCAAGGUAGCCAUCCAUCCCAUCAACUUUGAAGUGCAGGCGGUUGAGGGAGCCGGCGAUGGAGGCAAGGUUGGCUCGGGCCUGGGGUUCGGCUGGGCCAGCAGCAGAACGGCGCCGUGGCACGGCAGUGGCAGGUCCGGCGUUGUCCGACCGCUUCUUGAAGGUUUGGGUGCUGAUCGCCCAAAUCUUCGUGGUCGGUGGACGCGGCAUCCGUCAUGUUGAUCAUGAAAAACUGUGCCCAAUUGAUUGUGGCCGAGUGCAUGAUCGCAUGGAUGAGUUUGAGGUCCUCACCGGACAUGAUUGUGUGGCCAUGCUUCUGGGGCUUGAUGAUUCAGGACACGAUGUAGAGAAGAAGACGGCCUUCGGGGUUAGCAGAGUGGAUGGUGGGGCGGCCCGAGGCAUGACGGAUGAGCUCAGUGAUGCCAAGCUCGUUGAGGAUAAGGCCCUCGUUGUUGAGCACCCAGUCCUCUCCGCCAUAGUGGGAGACGUCGUCGCCUUGGUAGGGGAGGCCGGCGAUGCGCCCAAGCUGCUCAACGGAAAGCUCUAUCGGCGUGCUCUUGACAAGAGAGUAGAGCACGUCGCCCUCACGCCGGAGGUUGGAGUAGAAGACCCGAAUCAGCGCCGGGUUGAUCUCCUUCCGAGCCCGGGAGACGAAUGGCCAAAGGCCGGCUUGAUGAAGCUGCGCGUCGAGGUCGUCGUAGCCCUGCAGCUCCGGGUAGCGCUCCGGGAUGAUCCGUGGAGGAGCCACGACCCGUUUAGAGAAGAAAGUGAAAAAGCGGGUGCGCUCCUCCUCGGAAUCGAACCAGAGGUACGAUCCGUCGCCAUAGUAGAGGCGUUCCUCGGUGGAUGUCGUAGGCGCCCGGGAUUUGGACUUUGAUUUCCCGGAGGUGGCAGCCCUGCUCUUGUCCUUGCCCAUGAAAAAAAACUCAAGAGAGAAGAGUAGAGAUGAUGAAAUAAGCAAAGAUGUUGAAGAGAAUUGUGUUUGUGUGUGUAAAAGUGAAGAGAGGGGGUCCCAAUUUAUAGAGAAAGAGGUCUCCAACGUCCAGAUUUGCAAAAAUAUGGCUGUUGGAUCAAUUAAUGCUGGUGCCAACG